CAGCAGCUCGGUUAGAGGCGCGGCCUCCAUCCUCCUGUGGCUCUGUCAGGCUCCAUCCAGCCACUGCAGCGGGAAAUGGCGGACCCCGGCGAGUGCAGCAUCAAGGUGAUGUGCCGCUUCAGGCCCCUGAACAGCGCCGAGGUGGCCCGGGGGGACAAGUACAUCCCCAAGUUUGUGGGGGACGACUGUGUGCAGAUCGCGGGUAAACCGUACUACUUUGACCGCGUCUUCCAGUCCAACACCACUCAGGUGCAGUUCUACAAUGCUGUGGCUCUGAAGAUUGUCAAAGAUGUUCUGGAGGGAUACAACGGGACAAUAUUUGCUUAUGGGCAGACGUCUUCUGGCAAAACACACACAAUGGAGGGGAAACUCCAUGACCCGGAUAUGAUGGGAAUCAUUCCUAGAAUUGUUGAAGACAUCUUCAACUACAUUUACUCCAUGGACGAGAACUCGGAGUUCCACAUCAAAGUUUCAUAUUUCGAAAUCUAUCUGGACAAAAUCCGAGACCUGUUGGACGUAACCAAGACAAACCUUUCUGUGCAUGAAGACAAGAACAGGGUGCCCUUUGUCAAGGGAUGUACCGAGCGUUUUGUGUGCAGCCCUGAGGAGGUAAUGGAUGCCAUAGACGAAGGCAAAAACAACAGACACGUGGCGGUCACAAACAUGAAUGAGCACAGCUCGCGAAGUCACAGCAUCUUCCUCAUCAACAUCAAGCAGGAAAACACUCAGACUGAACAGAAGCUCACCGGCAAGCUGUACCUGGUCGAUCUGGCUGGCAGUGAAAAGGUGGGAAAAACCGGAGCAGAGGGCACGGUUCUGGAUGAAGCAAAGAUGAUCAACAAGUCCCUGUCGUCGUUGGGUAACGUCAUCUCUGCUCUGGCAGAGGGCUCGACCUACGUACCAUACAGAGACAGUAAGAUGACCAGGAUCCUGCAGGACUCCCUGGGAGGAAACUGCCGGACAACCAUGAUCAUCUGCUGCUCACCGUCUUCCUUUAAUGAUGCAGAGACCAGGACGACCCUGCUGUUUGGACAAAGGGCAAAGACAAUCAAAAACACGGUGAGUCUGAACGUGGAGCUGACCGCGGAGCAGUGGAAGAAGAAGUGGGAGAAGGAGAAGGAAAAGAACAAGACUCUGAGGACCACCAUCACAUGGCUGGAGAACGAGCUCAAUCGCUGGAGGAAUGGAGAAAGCGUGCCAGUGGAGGAGCAGUUCGACAAAGAAAAGGCUAAAGCUGAGGUGGUGGCCCUGGAUGCUGCACUCAACAACAAUGAUAAGGCUGCACCGCAACCUGCCCUGGGCAGCCUGCCUGGUGUGGCUCUCACAGGUGCAGAGAAGGAGAAGUAUGAAGCAGAAAUGGCCAAGCUCUACAAGGAGAUGGACGACAAGGACGAUGAGAUCAACCAGCAGUCCCAAGAGGUGGAGAAGCUGAGGCAGCAGCUCCUGGACCAGGAAGAGCUGCUGGAGUCCUCCCGCAAUGACCACGACACCCUGCAGACAGAGCUGAACAGGCUGCUGGCUGAGAACGAAGCCUCCAAGGAGGAGGUGAAGGAGGUGCUGCAGGCCUUGGAGGAGCUGGCCCUCAACUACGACCAGAAGAGUCAGGAGGUUGAGGACAAAACAAAGGAGUUUGAAGCCCUUAGCGAGGAGCUGAACCAGAAGUCUAACUCCUUGGCCUCCAUUGACUGUGAGCUGCAGAAGCUGAAGGAGAUGUCCAACCACCAGAAGAAGAGGGUCACUGAGAUGAUGUCGUCUUUACUUAAAGACCUGGCUGAGAUCAGCAUCGCUGUGGGAAGCAACGAUAUCAAGCAACAGGAGAGCAGCGGUCUCAUUGACGAGGAGAUCACCACGGCCCGCCUCUACAUCAGCAAGAUGAAGGCUGAGGUGAAGACCAUGGUGAAGCGCAGCAAACAGCUGGAGAGCAGUCAGGCUGAGAGCGGCCAGAAGCUGGAGGAGAUGGAGAGCAAUCUGACUGCCUGCCAACUCCGCAUGUCUCAGUAUGAAGCUAAGAUCAAGUCCCUGACAGACAACCUGCAGAAUUUGGAGCACAAGAAGAGGCAGCUGGAGGAGAACGUGGACCUUCUGAAUGAAGAGAUAGUCCGGAUCAGUGCUGAGGAAAAAGUUAAUGCCAUGGAGAAAGAGAAUGUGAUCCAGUCUGCUAAUGAAGUCAAGGAGGCUGUGGACAAGCAGAUUCAGUCUCACCGAGAGGCCCAUCAGAAGCAGAUCAGCAGUCUGAGAGAUGAGCUGGACCGCAAGGAGAAGCUGAUCACCGAGCUGCAGGAUUCCAACCAGGAAAUCGUGCUGGAGCAGGAGAGGCUGAAGGUGGAGCAUGAGAAGCUGAAAGCGGCCGACCAGGAGAAGAGCCGGCAGCUCCAGGAGCUCACGCUGCUGCAGGACCGGCGGGAGCAGGCCAGGCAGGACCUGAAAGGACUGGAGGAGACUGUGGCGCGGGAGCUGCAGACACUUCACAGUUUGCGGAGACUUUUCGUGCAAGAUUUAUCCAGAAGAGUAAGAAAGAAUGGGCAGGACUUGGAUGAUACAGAGGCCAGCGCUGCUCAGAAACAAAAGAUCAGCUUCCUGGAAAGCAACCUUGAGCAGCUCACCAAAGUUCACAAGCAGCUGGUGCGAGACAACGCCAGCUUACGUAGUGAGAUCCCCAAGAUGGAAAAGCGCCUGCGUGCAACUGCGGCACGGGUCCAAUCUCUGGAGGCCGCCUUGAAGGAAGCCAAGGAGAAUGCAGCUCGCGAAAAGAAGCGUCACGAGGAAGAAGUGGAGCGCAUCAAGGACACGGUCAAACCCAAAAACAUGGGCAGGAGAGCCUCUAUAGUGAAGCCUAUCAGACCGGGCCAGCUGCCAGGAGCGUCUCCCUUGAUUGGCAUUAACAGAGCCCUCCUUCUCCAGAACAGCCAGUCUGAUACCAUUGGAGAGGACAAUGACAGCAGCUAAAGGUGGAGACAUAUUCCCAAAGCUUAAGCCAAGGCCUCAGCAGACCAAACUAAGUCCUGGAGACUGCACAAAUCUUCCUGUAUGAGAAGUGUAUAUAAUGUAUAGAAAAGCAUAGCAAGUCUUAAAAA